CCCUCGCUGUAGUGACUGGAAACGACAAGAGGAAGAUGAAGUUCUUCAGAGCAGUAAGGGGGGUUAACAGCUUUCAAAUGGCGAUGCUAGCCAUCUUCGCGGUCCUGACAGCAGGUGCGUUUGGGGACAGCUUCACCGUGCUGCGAGCACCUCGGUAUGUCACCUUCAAGGAAGGACAGUGGCCCAUCUCUGGGGAGCGGAUCCCUGACCUGGUGGCCCUAACCUUGGGCUUCUCUGUGAAAGAGGACUUGGCCUGGCCUGGCCUGCGGGUUGGAAGUCUGUUUCGUCGCCCUCGUGCGAAUGCUCUCCUUGUAGUGAGGGGGGUGGAUCAGCUGCCUCUGCCAAAGAGUGGAACUUCAUACCCUGUUGAGAAUGCGGUUCCCUUUACUCUGGACAGUGUUGCCAAUACUAUCCACUCUCUAUUCCCGGAAGACUAUCCUAUCGUUUUGCAGCUGGCUCCAAUUGAAGAGGGGGUGUACAUGGGGGGCAAGGCGAACGCAGUGUUUGAAGAGCUGCCCGUGACGCUGCGUCAGAUCCGCAGCAGGCUGUCGCAGAACAACUCUGUCCUUGACGUCCUGCCCCCAAACUCCUUGAACAGAAACAGUGAGGUGGUCCAGCUGUUCUUCUCUGAGCUGCAAGUCCUACAAGAUAUUGUUGCUUUGCUGUCCCAACACAAGCACUUGGCAAGUGAGCACUCCCCAGACCUGUACUCCCUGGAGCUGUCCAGCCUGGAGGCGAUGGAGAAGAGCUACGGACAGGACUCCCAGCAGUUCAAGGAAGCCUCUCAGAUCCUCGCCAGCAUGCUGCAGAAGUUUGCUGAUGACGUGUUCAGUAUCUACAACAGCAGUGCCGUGGUGGAGCUGGUGACGGUGAAGAAGUUUGAUACGCCUCUUGUGAGGAAGACGCGCUCCAUCCUCGAGUCCAAGCAGAUUAGUAACCCAGGAAGCCCAUACAACCUGGCCUACAAGUACAACUUCAACUACGCUGUGGUCUUCAACAUCAUUCUGUGGAUGAUGAUCAUCCUUGUUCUGGCUGUGAUCUUGAUCUCCUACAACCUGUGGAACAUGGACCCAGGCUAUGACAGCAUCAUCUACAGGAUGACCAACCAGAAGAUCCGUGUCGAUUAGUCAACUCUCCUACAUUCCCAUUCAAACAUGCACGCAGUCUCAGUUUUAGGGAGUGGCCUUUUGUUUCCAAUAUAGGUGUUUUGUAAUGGUAUUAUGUAUUCCUCCAAAAAAUAAUUUGUUUCCAUUGAAGUGAAUAUAUUGCCCCCUUCUACAAAGACAGAUUUUCUCUGCACACAUAGCGAGAUACAUUUAAUCAGAUGUAGCAGUCUGGCCCUGGUGGGGCGGGGGGUGGUGGGGUGAGCUGUUGUACAGUACUGCAGUUUUGUUGUCCGGUCUUUGUGUAGACAUCCUAUAUUAACGUUUCUCCAAGUUGGAGAUGAGAAGCAUGUGUAUUUUGUUGAGCUUUAUUUUUGCCUGUAACUUCUUGCACUGCUGAUCUUUUUAUAGUGUCAUGUGCGAUUUUCCUAAAGCAUACAGUAUAUGAAAUGAAAGCUACAGUAAAAACUUUCAUGUCACAUUUAAUUGGUUCUAGGGAUUCAUCAGAUAUGUAGAAAUACGGUAUCUCAAAGGGAGCUGUUUUAUAAUAGUUGCUUUAUUAACCUCGGGGCAUUAUAAAUGAAUUAUGUCAGAUACAUCAGUGUGUCUAAAAAGCGCCAAAGUAUGGUAUUGCACUUAUACUAUGAAGAAAAUCUGUGAAUUAUUGCAGAACAAAGCACUGUAAUUCAUUUUAUAAAACAGAAUUCCAAAAACAGUUCUUACUGUGCUUUCUUUGUCUAAAAGUAGCCUGGCUUUGUGUAUUUUUGCACUGCAUGUGUUAACUCAAGACAAACAAGAGAAAGGAAAGAGCACACACAAACGCUAACUAGCUUUGAACGUCGAGGAAAAAUCUUUUUUCAGCUUUAACGGUACAAUGAUUACUCCCUUGUUUUAUUUCUCAUGGUUAAACAUGAAGUGACAGCAUUGAAAAAGUGAAACUGAUUUUCCAAGCAGACUUUGCAACUGUAUCCACUCUGUCCUGCUAAGAGCUGGCUUUACUGUUUUAUACCCGUAGUAAAAUUUGCAUUGAUCAGUUUCCAUCUGUACCGUUGAGUUGAUGAAUAGAGGAUAUUGUAUCUUCCAGGAUGGGAUAUGAGAGGUUCUACUGUAUUCUGUAUGCAGGUCACAAUUUUUUGUUUCCCUCAGUUCCAUAUUGCAUUACGUACACUUAUACAUUACAACUAUAUAGUGAGUCUAAUUUAAAAUGAUUACUCAUUUGUUUAAACUCUGUUUAAAUGAAAAGAUUAAUAUAAGAGUGCUUGUCAAUUUGUUAUAAAUUAUUAACAAAAAAGUAAUCCUUUUAGGUUAGGCCUUUAUUAGUAAAUAAAAGGUCCCAUCUAAACUUCUGGUUAGGUGUCAUUCCUCCUGGAGCUUCUCCUGAAACCUCUUUUGUGAAUAAUGGCUUUUGUUUUAUUUGGUUUUCCUGAGGAUUUGGUGUUUUAUUUUUUUUGUCUUGACACUGAACUACUGUUGAUGUAGUAUGACCAUUACUUUGUAAGGUGUGUUGUGUUUUUUUUUUUUUUUUUUCAAACUAGUGAAAAUCGUUUCUCUCCAAUGUUGUAAAUGUUUGUGUAGGAACAAUGUGAUCUAUACAAUGUAAUUUAAUAUAUUGAACAGAAUAUAGAAUAGUCAAAAGGCUGGUCUGGUCUUAAUGUUGUCUUCUAUUAAUGCUCUGUUUUGGUAACCCAUUCCGACACUAUGGCAGUGUGUUUUGUCAAAUUGAAUUCUGUUUCGCCAGUCAAAGUUUUUGAAAUUGGGUAUUAUAAUGUGGGAUGAUUUAAACUAUGCAGUCAAAGCUCAAAUCUUGUUCCUGAAAAUUGGACUGUGUCAAUUGCAUUGCUGCAGACGUAUUGGAUUUCCUUUUACAAACCGGAACAAUUGCAAGAUCAGCUAUAAGUAAAACAUUACAUGUACACUGCUGCCACUAGGAUAUGUGUGAAAACAUUCAAUAAAUAACUGUCCAGUAAA